AUGGCCAAUCUGAAGGACAAGAGAGUUCCUUCUGGCAAGCCUAAAGGCCGUCCUCCGAAGAAGAACCAGUCUCAAGUGAAAGAACCUGCUGUUCUGACUGAGGUUGAUGCUGCAGAGCCUCGUCCACGAACAAAACCUCGUCGAGCCUUCGGCAAAACAGUUCCUGUUGAUCCCGUACCUGCACCGACAUCCGGUGUUCCUGAUCUCAUCUUAGCUGCAGCAGCAGUAGCUUCUACACCAGCGUCAACGGAGGCAAACAGCACUGGUGACUCCGCCGAAGUCGAAGAGCAAGUCGCAUCAGCUGCUCAGAGUCUUCUCGGCAAGUCGGGGUCUGUUCGGAAGCAACGGGCAACAUCACACCUAUCGGAUGCUGAUGAGGAUGAUAGCAGUGGCUCAUCCGGGGAAGAGAGUGAUUCCACGACUGCAAUAGAGAUCUCCUUUGAUAUACCCAUAGAUGGUGCUUCUGAUACCGUGAAGAUACGUUCGGAUGUCACCUGGACCGAGUUCCUGGAGGUCAUCGUUGAAACAAUGGAUAUACGCCCUUCGGAAGUUGAUGACUUGAAUCUCGCAUAUCGUUUCACAACGUGGCCUAAGUCACAGUGUCCAUCAGUCCUUACGAAGGCUUCGCAUCUCAGCAACCUAUUCGAUCUUGCUCGGACAGACCUUGAGAACCCAAAGACAAAAAACAAGGAUAAGUUUAAGGUCAUCCUUGAGAACAGAUCUACUACUAAGGGUAAGAAGGGUCAAGAGACUUCGAAGACUAAAGGGAAAUCCAAAUCGAAGUCCAAUUCAAAAGGUAGAAAAGGGGAAGACGACGAAGAUGGAGCUGAAUCCGAUGACGGCGUGGUGAGGAAGAAGUCAGACGCCGAUUAUGUCAAGAUUCUACAGCAAGAGCAUGCCUGUAAGGAGCACGACGGACAGCCGUGCAUCAAGCUAUCUGAGGACAACCACUACGUCUUGUCAAAGCAGAGUCUCGGUCUCUGGGCAAUGCUCUUGGCCAAUGGCUAUCAUCAGUCGAUCACAAUACCACCGAAGCAGCUCAAGAUCGAAGACGACAUGGCAGCCAGGACGGCACGGAAAGGCCGCUCAAGUUCGGAACAAGCUGCUGCACCUACAGUGCCUUACGGAUACCCAUUCCCGCCGCAGCUACCGGCGAAUUUCAUAUUUCCAUACAUGCCAUACGCCCCUCCACCUAUGAUGCUCGAACCGGAAGCUAGUCAAUCACGGCGUUCUUUGUCCCGUCGGCGUGAACAGCUGGAUAUCUCUUCUGAUGGCUUUGACAUUGACGAUCAUCCCGUACUAUUCCCAACUGUCCGGCAGUGGCUGGAAGACCUUGACGCAAGCACUCGGAACGUCGACAAUCUGAACUUCACUCAGUACGCAACCAUUCUCGACACUAACUACUAUCAGCGGAUCAAUCAGAUCGCUGAUGAAGGGGCCUCUCCGGAAGCAACAUCGACAUUCGCUAGGGAUUGCAAGAUACCGAUCGGGGUUGCCAAACUGCUGGUAAAGUAUGCUGUCAAAGAUUGUGAACGAAUUGAGGCUCGCGAGAGGAAAAAGAGGAAGACAUCGACAUAG